UACAUCCUCCUCACUGUCUCUUCAAACCUAAACCAAUUGUCUAGCAAGUCAAAUUGCUCUCUCUCACACACACAAAAAGCACCAUUACGUCAACGUAUAAUUAAAAAUGGCAUCUCCGGAGAUCCAGCUCGCCGCCGGAAACGCCACCGCGCCGUCGAAAGCAGACGCGAAACGCAGACGCAGACGCAGCGUCUCGAUGAACCUCUCCUUGACCUCCGUGUUGACCAACUUCCACGCCGGAUACUUCCGCAUCAGCCUCUCCCUCGCCGGCCAAGCCCUGCUCUGGAAAACCAUCGCCAGGCGGCGCGUGAUCCCCACGCUCCACCCGUCGUCGGAGGUGGUGGCGGUGAUAUGGUCUGUGGCCGUGCUCAGCCUCCUCCUCCUCUCCUCCGUCUACCUCCUCAAGUGCGUCCUCUGCUUCAGGAUGGUGAAGUCGGAGUUCCUGCACGAGGUGGGAGUGAAUUACCUCUUCGUCCCUUGGAUCUCGUGCCUUUUGCUCCUCCAAUCCGCACCGUUUUGGGGUCCUGAAACGACGCCGUAUUUGGUGUUCUGGUGGGUGUUCGCCGUUCCGGUCAUCGUCCUCGACGUCAAGAUUUACGGGCAGUGGUUCACGAAGGGGAAACGUUUCCUCACGGCCGUUGCUAAUCCCACGAGCCAGAUGUCCGUCAUCGGCAACCUCGUCGGUGCGUAUGGAGCGGGGGAGAUGGGGUGGAAGGAGAGCGCGGUGUGCCUAUUUGCAUUAGGGAUGGUACACUACCUGGUGCUGUUCGUGACGCUUUCCCAGCGUCUCUCCGGCAGCGAGCGGCUUCCGGCCAUGCUCCGGCCGGUCUUCUUCCUGUUCUUCGCGGCCCCGAGCAUAGCCAGCCUCGCCUGGCAAUCCAUCUCCGGCGGCUUCCGCACUCCCUCCAAGAUGCUCUUCUUCCUCUCCCUCUUCAUCUUCACCUCUCUUGUGAUAAGGCCGGCGUUAUUCAAGAGAUCGAUGAAGAGAUUCAACGUGGCGUGGUGGGCGUACUCGUUCCCGGUGACCGUACUAACGCUCGCGUCGAUAGAAUACGCGCAAGAAGUGGACCAAGUCGUCCCCCGUUGCGUAAUGAUCAUCCUUCUCGCCCUCUCCGUCAUCGUCGUCGUCUCUCUCGCCGCUUUCACCCUUCUCAACUCCAAAAUGCUCUUACCCGACAACGAUCCCAUCGCUUCUCUCCUCCUCAACCGUUUGCCUACUUGAUUUUUUCCACGUGCUUUUAUGUUUUUUUUUCUAUUAAUUAUUUUCCUUCUAUAUAUGUUCCGUGUGUUUUGUAGAACUGUCGUUUCAUCAUAUCCAUACGUACCAAAGAUCCAACCUCCUUUAGAACAUUAGUGUUUGUCAAUAGGGAUAGGGAUGAAUAUG